AUCGCGGGGCGCACUCGGCUGCGCGCUGAGCUAGGGGUGCACCGACGCGCCGCGGGCGGCUGGAGCUCAGCUUUGCUCUCGCUGCAGCAGCCGCGCCGCCCGCCCCAUUCCGCUCAGAUUCCGACCCCAGCCCCCUCAGCACUGCCUUCCCGGACUCCAUCCAGCCCCGGCUCUGGCUCCGGCCCCGCGGACCAUGCUCCGGGUGCCCCCCGGAAAACCGGGCUGGGUGAAGAGCCGGCAAAGAUUAGGCUCCCUAGCGGGGGCCCCACCCGGCCGCCCAGCUCUCGGCCCGCGCCGUGCCGGGUGUCCCCGAGCCUUGUGAGCCUGCUGGGCCAUGGAGCGCGCGCCGCCCGACGGGCUGCUGAACGCGUCGGGCGCUCUGGCUGGCGAGGCGGCGGCCGCAGGCGGGGCGCGCGGCUUCUCGGCUGCUUGGACCGCUGUCCUGGCUGCGCUCAUGGCGCUGCUCAUCGUGGCCACAGUGCUGGGCAACGCGCUGGUCAUGCUCGCCUUCGUGGCGGAUUCGAGCCUCCGCACCCAGAACAACUUCUUUCUGCUCAACCUCGCAAUCUCCGACUUCCUCGUGCCUUCUGCAUCCCACUGUAUGUACCCUAUGUGCUGACGGGCCGCUGGACCUUUGGUCGGGGUCUCUGCAAGCUGUGGUUGGUGGUAGACUACUUGCUGUGUGCCUCCUCAGUCUUCAACAUCGUGCUGAUCAGCUAUGACCGAUUCCUGUCAGUCACUCGAGCUGUCUCCUACCGGGCCCAGCAGGGGGACACACGACGGGCAGUGCGGAAGAUGGCGUUGGUGUGGGUGCUGGCCUUCCUGCUGUAUGGGCCUGCCAUCCUGAGUUGGGAGUACCUGUCUGGUGGCAGCUCCAUCCCUGAAGGCCACUGCUAUGCUGAGUUCUUCUACAACUGGUACUUUCUCAUCACAGCCUCCACUCUCGAGUUCUUCACACCCUUCCUCAGCGUUACCUUCUUCAACCUCAGCAUUUACCUGAACAUCCAGAGGCGCACCCGCCUCCGGCUCGAUGGGGGCCGAGAGGCUGGUCCAGAACCCCCACCUGAUGCCCAGCCCUCACCACCUCCAGCUCCCCCCAGCUGCUGGGGCUGCUGGCCGAAAGGGCAUGGGGAGGCCAUGCCGCUCCACAGGUAUGGGGUGGGUGAGGCAGGCCCCGGCGUUGAGGCUGGGGAGGCUGCCCUCGGGGGUGGCAGUGGUGGGGGUGCUGCCGCCUCGCCCACCUCCAGCUCUGGCAGCUCCUCGAGAGGCACUGAGAGGCCGCGCUCACUCAAAAGGGGCUCCAAGCCAUCAGCGUCCUCAGCAUCCCUGGAGAAGCGCAUGAAGAUGGUUUCCCAGAGCAUCACCCAGCGCUUCCGGCUGUCACGGGACAAGAAGGUGGCCAAGUCGCUGGCCAUCAUUGUGAGCAUCUUUGGGCUCUGCUGGGCCCCGUACACACUCCUCAUGAUCAUCCGGGCUGCUUGCCACGGCCACUGCAUCCCCGACUACUGGUAUGAGACGUCCUUCUGGCUUCUGUGGGCCAACUCAGCUGUAAACCCUGUCCUCUACCCGCUGUGCCACUACAGUUUCCGCAGAGCCUUCACCAAGCUCCUCUGCCCCCAGAAGCUCAAGGUCCAGCCCCAUGGCUCCCUGGAGCAGUGCUGGAAGUGAGCAGCUGCCCCACCCUUCUGUGGCCAUGCCCUUGUACCUGUUUCUUGGAUAGCCCCAUGUGUGGCCCCUGCCUUGUCCAAGGCCCACUCUAAAUGCCAUGGCAGACUCUUAGAUCAUCAGCCCUACAAUGGGGCAGCCAAGGGCCCUCACUGGUGGAACUGGAGUGUGCUGGCUGGCUCUGCCACCACACUCUCCUUCACCCCAGAAGUAACAAUCCAGGAGUCCCAGGCAUACCUUCCACCUCCACAGUGAUGUCCUGUUUUGCAUACUUAGUGGUUGGUGUCCUCCCUGAUGCAAACCUUGGUGUGUGCUCCUGGCUCCAGCACUG